CAAGCUGUUGAAGGACCCCAGGAUGUCCAUGCUCGCUGAGCCCCGGAGGAAACAGAAGUGGUCUGUUGACCCCAGGAACAGCGCCUGGAGCAAAGAUGAAUCCAAAUUUGGCCAGAAGAUGCUGGAGCGAAUGGGUUGGUCCAAGGGCAAGGGCCUGGGCCGGACUGAGCAGGGCUCCACCGACCAUAUCAAAGUAAAAGUUAAAAACAACAGCUAUGGGUUUGGAACCAGUGCCAGCUAUGAGGACAACUGGAUUGCUCACCAAGAUGACUUCAAUGAGCUGCUUGCUCAGCUGAACAACUGCCAUGGUCAAAAUAACAGCAAAGCCCCUCCACGAGAGGAACAGAAAGGCUUCAGCUUGGAAGAGAAAUCCAAGACCUCCAAAAAGAGGGUCCAUUACAUGAAGUUUACCAAAGGGAAGGACCUGUCCUCUCGCAGUAAAAAUGACCUGAAUUGCAUCUUUGGAAAGAGAGGACAAUCUGCCAAAGAACAAGAGCAGGAGAGCAACAGCAGUGAUUCUCAGGGGGAGACGGAGGAGAAGGUGACUAUUGCUACAACCGAACUGGAUACGGAGGCCAUCACCCAGACUGUGACCAGUACGCUCACUAUGCAGGAGUACUUUGCGCAGCGAAUGGCUCAGCUGAAGAAGGCUCGAGGACAGGACCCACGUGCGACAUCCCGGGCAGACGCAGAGACCAGCGAGACGUCCACUCCCUCCGAGGAACCCAUCCGCAGUAGCAACGAUGAUAUGGAUGAGCCCAAGAAGAAGAAGAAAAAGAAGAAGAAGAAGAAGGCUACGAAUGAGUUGCAAGUGGUAGAAGACAAUUGUAGUUCUCCCAUUGUAGUGGAAGACAACGAGAACCAAGAGCAGGAACGUAAAAAGAAGAAGAAAAAGAGGAAAAUGGCAGAAAUAGAAGAAGCAUCAGACGAGAACUGCAGCUCCACCUCUGGUGUGGAGCAGAACUGUGAGGAGCAGCCUCCCUCCAAAAAGAAAAAGCUUAAAAAACACAAAAAGGAAACCGAGCUACUAAAUGGACACGAGCCAUCUGACGAUCAAACUGUAGAAUCGGAGGUUGUUCCAGAGGAGGAGGGUGAUGUUGUAGAGGUGGUAGUGCAGAAGAAAUCUAAAAAAAAGAAGAAAAAGAAGAAGAAACAUCAAGAAUAGGUGGAGUCAGGGGUAAGGAUGAGUCCUUUAGUCUUCAAGCUCAUACUUAAGGAUGUCUUAAGAGCUAAUCAACCUAAAAACCUGUUCAAAGAAAAGAGGUUUGAUAUUUGAUCACGCUGCCCAGUAGAGCCACUAAGAUGUACUGGUGGACACACCAUGGCAGUGACUCAAUUGUCACAAAACAAAGAUAUAUAGCCUAGAAAAAGUUAAAAUAUCCCUUCAAAUUUUCUAACAAGGCUAUUUCUUUAUGCAAUGGCUGAACUAUACAAAUAGAGAUUAACAGAUAUUUAAAUAAACUGUCUACAACUAGGGUGGCACUCGGUUGAACGCAACCUCUGAACAAUCUUAAAGUUAAAGAAAUCCUGGUUCAGCCCUUCAAUCCACGUCACACCAAAAUUGAAUUGGUUCCUCUCAGGCGAAGGUCCAAGAACUCCACCGUGUUUGGUAGAAAUUGACAUAAUCCUAAAGACAAAGGUGAAAACAUAACACUUUGGGGAUUAAUAAUUCCGUGAAACUAAUGAGCUAAAUCUGUGAUGUCGUCUGAAUAAAAUCAAAUUUCCACUAUUAUACCAACGUUUUAAAAACAUCCUUCAGCUCAGUCUGUCGUCUUUACAAUCAUCAUUUUGUAUGUUUACAUCUUUUUUUGCCAACAGCAAUUUUUUAUCAGGUUCUUAAAUCAAGAUCUCUUCAUAUUGUUAAAGCAAAGCAACUAAGUGACAGUUUUUAGCUUUUGUUAAAAACUACAGAAGCACAUUGAAAUGAGUAUGAUGUUAUAUGAACUGGUGCUAUUUGAUGGUGUUUGGGCCUUUUUCUCAUCAGAUUCAUGAACUGUAAGCAGAUCCCCUUUUAAAUAAAUCCAAAGGUUUAUCCAUGA